AUGUUAUUCCGUUGUGUAUCUCUACUGGCCGCUACGUUAGCAGUUGCUUUUGCGUGGGGUCACGAUGGUCAUGCAGUUGUUGCCCAGUUAGGGCAAGAGCGUAUCAAUAAGGAGACUCAAGAGGCUAUUGAUGCUAUAAUGGGCAAAGGCGUCCCCAUGUACAACUACUCCAGUUGGGCUGAUGAUGUCAAGUAUGGUCCUGAUGGAAACGAGUGGAAAUGGUCGUCUCCUCUUCACUACGCCGAUACUCCCGACUGCCAUUUCGACUACGCCCGAGACUGCAAGAACGAUUACUGUGUUGCCGGUGCUCUGAAGAACUACUCUAGACGGGUCGUUGAUGAGUCCCUCCCUUUGGAACAGCGACAAGAAGCGCUCAAGUUCAUCGUUCACUUUGUUGGUGAUGCUCAUCAGCCUCUGCAUGCUGGUAACCCGAAGGAUAGGGGUGGCAAUAAGAUUGACGUCAGUCUGGGGUUUGCUCGACAUCAACACACGAAUCUCCACUCUACUUGGGAUUCGGCUCUCCUAUAUGAAUUCCAAGGGCGUGGCCAUCGUGCGCGCGGUGCACCAUAUUGGACUGUCACUGAGGACGCUAUUGAUGACGAGCUUGAUAAGGGUGGAAGAUACGCUGGCGAUGUCGAUGAUUGGGUCGAGGACUGCGAGAAGUACGGCUACGAUGCGUGUAUUGAGAAGUGGGUUGAUGAAACUGCCAAAGCGGCCUGUGAAUACAGCUACAAGCACAUGAAUGGCUCACGUGUUGUUGACAAUGAUUAUCUUCCUAUGAAGUAUUAUGAUGGCCGUAUUGAAGUUGCAAAGGAACAGCUCGCUAAAGCCGGCAUUCGUUUAACGUGGUUGUUGAAUAACUUGACAGCCACGACGAGCAGUUCAGCCACGACAACAGUUGCUCCGAACGCAGCGAAUGAGAUGCCUCCGAUGUUCAGUGCCGGGGUUUUUAUUCUUCUCGUUGUAUUUGUUUUCAAUGUACUAUAA